AUGCAGGCACACGGCCUAAAGAAGAACCCUAAGAAAUGUGCUUUCGGCGUCACCGCCGGGAACUUUCUCGGUUUCUUGGUUCACCAACGAGGGAUCGAGAUAGAUAAAAUAAAGCCACGGCCAUUAUGGCAGCACCUCCGCCAAGGACCAAAAGGAACUCCAGUCCUUCCUCGGAAAAAUCCUUUGCUCAAACUGAAAGACACGGAACGGUUCGUAUGGGGGGCAGAACAUCAAGCGGCCCUCGACAACGUCAAGCAAUAUUUAUCUCAACCAUCGGUACUUAUGCCGCCGAAAAGAGGGAAACCCUUGAGGCUUUACAUUUCGGCUUUAGAAGGCUCUAUCGGUUGUCUGCUGGCUCAGAACAACAAGUCUGAGCGAGAACAAAUCAUCUCCAAGACCGACCUCAUCAAAUACAUGCUCACUCGGCCGAUCAUACACGGCCGGAUCGGGAAGUGGACGAUGGCAUUGUCCGAAUUCACUUUCCAAUACGUGGCUCAAAAGUCGGUCAAAGGUCAGGUAUUGGCCGAUUUCUUGGCCCACCACCCGGCUCAGGGGCAAGAAGAAGAGUUGGAGCUCGAGAUCGGCAUGGCCCGCAUGGAGAAGAACUACUAG